AGGGUUAGCAAAUGCGAGCUUUAUUUCUGGCUCUUGGCUUUCUUUGGCGAGUUCAUGGAGCGUGUUGCGGUUGUAUAACUUCGGGGGGAGGCUGUGACGCUAAAAGGCCACGUUGACUUCGAUUCGUUUUGGUUUUCCUUUGAAGCUCCCCAAGCGGGCGUGCUACAUGUUGCUAGCGUGCGUCAGCCCGACGCGAAAGGCGUCGAACGAGCGUGCCUUAUACAACUUUUUGUUUUCAAUGUUGACCUUAUUUUUGUUUUUAAACACAUGAAUAGUGUUUUAAGUUUCAACAGAUGUUCUUGGGUGACUUAAUUUAAUGUGUGACGAUAGUUAAUUGAUUAAUUACAUAUGUCCCACAUUGUUUUUCACAACUUUAUUAGAGCGCUUUCAAAAGCGAAACAUCGACCUUAGGGGCUUUAAACAAAGGUAUUUCAUCAGGUGAUUUGGACCUGCAGAAAUGGGAGACCCCUCUUUUAACAGAGACUGUCCCCUAGACUGCAAAGUUUACGUUGGGAAUCUUGGCAACAACGGCAAUAAGGCUGAGCUAGAAUCAGCUUUUGGCUACUUCGGUCCUUUAAGAAGCGUUUGGGUCGCCCGGAACCCGCCGGGCUUCGCCUUUGUGGAGUUUGAAGACCCACGAGAUGCCUCUGACGCCGUUAGAGAACUGGAUGGAAGAUCAAUGUGCGGAUGUCGAGUCCGUGUUGAAUUAUCCACUGGGGAAAAGCGUUCCAGAAGCCGUGGUCCACCUCCGUCCUGGAGUCGAUACCCCAGAGAUGAGGGCAGGCGCCGUAGCUCUCCAAUUAGACGCAGAUCCCCUCGGAGGAGGAGCCUGAGCCGCAGUCGCAGCAGGUCUCUCUCGCGAGACAGGCGCAGAUACCGAUCUGUUUCCAGAGACAAGACCCGUAAGCGUUCAAGAUCGUUCUCACGGUCAAGGAGCCGUUCUCGUUCGAACGACAGGAAAUGAAGAUGUCACAGAAUGGCUUUUGUGGGAGGGAACUCGCAUUUUUAUAGUCAUGCUUUCUUUUUAGAUGUUUGUACCAACUCAAGGUGACGUUCGGUUUGUCCAAGUAACUUUGUCAUUGCAUUCAGUUCAAUAAGGGGUAUAGUUUUCUUCUAUAGCCACGUAAAUUCAGAUGAUUGUUUGGUCUUUUGCAGUUUUUUUUUAAUGAUUGAAUUUUUCCUUCCUGUUAUCCACUUAAUCAGAUUUUUUUUUUUUUUAUUUUGAUAUUCAUUUGUGAUGGAAAAUGGAAUUGAAUGGUGCUGUUACCUAAAGUAGCAUCUGCAACUAUUUUACAUUCUCACAUUUUCAAAACAAGCCACUUCUUUUUUUUUGUUGCUAUUUUAGCUCUGACAACCUUGCAAAUUAAGUUGAACCAUUUUCAUCAAUAAAAUAAAAUUUGCGUGA